AUAGUUUCUCAUAAACAUACUGCGAGAGAUCUAAAUAUUCAUCACUCUCAAAGUUACAGCAUACUUCUUUUCAAAAAAAUUUGUGAUUUUCUCUGUACAUACAAAAUAUAUAUGUAAAGCUGACUUUUUUCGGAUCUGAUUUACAAUUUCGAAAAUUGCCCUUCAAUUUCUGUGCUGAGUGAGUUUCGUUCCCUAAUUUUUAUCUGUUAGAUUCAAUUGAAUGCUGCUUUGAGAAUCCCAAUUUGCUUGCAUUUUGUUAGAAUGAUAAUUUCAUGCUUCCACUGAAUUAUUGCCCCAAUUUUGUGUCUGGGUAUGUUUGAGUUAUCUGCCUUUAUCAAACCCAUAUGAAGAAAAACUAUUCAGGUGGGUCUGGUAGUCCUAAAUCUUUCCAGGCCUAUUUAAGGGGCGAUUUUGAUUUGGAAUCAGGUACUGUUAAAAGAUCAAGGAAGGCGAAAAAAUCGACUUUUUAUCCUGUCAAGAUGCUUAAAUCAUUAGGAAAACGAAUUCAUAGUUAUUACAAGCUUCACCCAGCUAGGCUGUUUAUGAUAUCUUUGUUAAUUGGGGUCAUUAUUCUCAUUGUAUUGUCUGUUUCCGAGAGGCGAUUUCGGAUGAUGGGUAAUUAUGCAAAAUUUGAUGUGGGUGUUGAUGCAUAUCCAUUUUCCAAGUUUAGGAAUCUUGUUAUGGUUGCUGGACAUUCAGUUUAUACUAGUAGUAGUUGUGAGAAAGUUGAUAAGGAGGAUUCUUGGUUUUUAGAGUCUUAUCAAAAGCACCCUGGUCAAGCUGCAACGUUUGUUGAUCAUAUACGGAGGGGGAUUGAAAUUGCAGCAGAUGACGAUGAUGCAUUACUCCUGUUUAGUGGUGGUGAGACUAGGAAAGAUGCCGGGCCAAGAAGUGAAGCUCAAAGUUACUGGACUGUUGCUGAAACUAAAGGGUGGUUUGGCAAACAAGAAAGUGUAAGAGGGAGGGCACUCACCGAAGAGCAUGCUAGGGACAGUUUUGAGAAUCUUCUCUUUAGUGUUUGUCGGUUCAGGGAGCUUACUGGCACAUAUCCACAUAAUAUAACUGUUGUAGGCUAUGACUUCAAGGAGAAGAGAUUUAAGCAUCUACAUCGGUCCGCAAUUGGAUUUCCAGAAACAAGUUUCUUUUACUCAGGGACAUCAUCUUCACAAACAUCGAGAGACGCAGCUUUAAAAGGAGAAGCACUGGUGAGAACACAGUUUAAAGAAGAUCCUUACGGAUGCAAAGGCUCUCUUCGUCGCAAGAAGCUUGGUCGUGAUCCAUUUCAUCGCUCUAUCCCUUAUCCCAAUGGAUGUCCUGAAAUUGAAGGUUUGUUCAGAUAUUGUGGAACAGCUCCAUAUCCAGGUUCCCUACCUUGGGCUUAGUAGAAUUUCAUAGUUCUAAAAAAAUCAGAAUAUAGCAAUAGAAAAACUUAUAUCAUAAAAUAUAUAUUCCUUCUUUUUCUAUUACUUCUUCGUGUAUUCUUUCAUGUUGUUCCUUGUACUAGUUAUGUUAUAUUAGAAUAGCAAAAAGGAACUAACUUGUCUACUACUGUAGAGAAAUAAAAGGGCUUUUCUGUCUGGUUUACAA